ACUACAACCACCACUACCACCACCACCACCACCACCACCACCACCACUACAACUACCACCACCACUACAACCACCACCACCACCACUACCACCACCCCCACCACCACUACAACCACCACCAUCACCACCACCACCACCACCACCACCACUACAACCACCACCACCACUACAACCACCACCACCAACACCACUACAACCACCACCACCACUACAACCACCACCACCACCACUACAACCAUCACAACCACCACCACUACAACCACCACCACCACCACCACUACAACCACCACCACCACUACAACCACCACCACCAUCACCAAUACAACCACCACUACCACCACCACUACAACCACCACCACCACCACCACCACCACUACAACCAACACCACCAUCACCACCACCACCACCACCACCACUACAACACCACCACCAACACCACACCACCACACUACAACCACCACCACCACACUACUACCAACACCACUAUCACCACCACCACCACUAAACCAACCACCACCACCACUACAACCACCACCACCACCACUACAACCACCACCACCAUCACCAUCACCACCACCACUACCACCAUCACCACUACAACCACCACCACCACCACUACAACCACCACUACCACCACCACCACAACAACCACCACCACCCCUACAACCACCACCACCGCCAUCAUCCACCACCACCACCAGCACUACAACCACCACCACCACUACAACCACCACCACUACAACCACCACCACCACCGCCACUACCACCACCACCACUACAACCACCACAACAACCACCACCACCCCUACAACCACCACCACCACCACCACUACCACCACCACCACUACAAACACCACCACCAGCACUACAACCACCACCACCACCACCACCACUACAACCACCACC